ACACACACACACACACACAGUCUGAUCACAGUUAGAGAUCUUUACUGGAUGUUAGUGUGUAUGUUUGGAAUCAGCUCCUUCUGUUGUGUGUCUGUUCUUGUUGUUUUUCUCGCGCUACGUUUCGGGGUCAGUUUGUAAAACUCCAGACUUCCUCAGUUCUUCCUUCAAACCUAAACGCAGACGGAUGUAGGAACAUGUAGGAUGUAGGCUGCAUGUGAACAGAACGGAGGAAAAUCCCGAAUCAUUUUGUGCUUUACGGUAAUGACGUGACGGUCUGGGUGACGUGUUAUCGCUCGGAGGUCGGCGGCGUGCUGGUGAAAUGUCGGCGUGAGGAGAGGGGUGUAGCGAGAGGCUCGUACUGUGCAGUAAAUCGGUGAAACGUCUCGCCCCGACUCUCCCCGCCGCUGAUUGGUCGCUGCCAUGAUACGCAGACGGAGGCCGACGCCCGCCACGCUGUUUCGAGUAGCUGACCAGCCGUGUCCAGAGGACGACUACACCACGGGUCAGUGGGUGGUGGGUGAGAACGGAGUCCUCAGACCAAAACGCAUCAAUCCCAACGUCUACCAGCCUCCUUCACUGAAAGCUGUUCAGCAGAUGGCUGAGGCUCACAUGCAGAAGUUGGGUGUGUAUCCUCACAUGGAGGAGGACGGAGAGGAUCAAGAGCGGGUAUUAAGGUGUACUACUGAUUCACAAACGGAGACGAGCUCGAGUGACGACCCGAGUAAACCACUGACCAGAGACACAACUGACCAGGAGGAGCAGGAGGAGCAGGAGGAGCAGGAGGAGCAGGAGGAGGAGCAGGAGGAGCAGGAGGAGGAGCAGGAGGAGGAGCAGGAGGAGGAGGAGGAGGAGGAGGAGGAGGAGGAGAAAGAGGAAGUGAAGGAAAAAGAAGAAGUGGAAACAGUAGAUGAGAAAUGUGGAGCGACAGACGGAUGAAAGAAGUAAACAGAGAUGAUGAUGGAGCUUUACACAAGAAUAGUUCCAGUGUGUGUGAUUGUGUGUGUGUGUGUGUGUGUGUGUGUGUGUGAGUGUGUGUGUGUGUUUGUGGGAGUGUGAGAGUGUGUGAGAGUGUGUGAGAGUGUGUGAGUGUGUGUGAGUGUGUGAGUGAGUGUGUGUGUGAGUGUGUGUGAGUGUGUUUGUGGGAGUGUGAGUAUGUGUGUGAGAGUGUGUGAGUGUGAGUGUGUGUGUGUGUGUGUGUGUGUGUGAGAGUGUGUGAGUGUGAGUGUGUGUGUGUGUGUGUGUGUGUGUGUGUGAGUGUGUGUGAGUGUGUGUGUGUGUGUGAGUAUGUGUGUGUGUGGGAGUGUGUGUGUGUGUGUGUGUGUGAGUGUGUGUGUGAGUGUGUGUGUGUGUGUUUAUUGGUAUAUACAGUAUAUAUACACACACUGAAGACUAGGUGAUAGAUUUAAAUCCUAUAAAUAAUGAAUAUAUUUGUUGAUGUUUUAUUUUAGUGAUUUAAUUAUUUUGGAAAAUAAAUGUUAUUAAAUAAUCAGAUAAUAAAGUAUGAUUGUGUGUGUACACUGACUCUAACAA